CCCGUGUCCGUAUAAAGGCCGGUGAUCCUCCAGGGCACGGCGUCACUUUGUGCGAGCUCUGUGCGCAGGUACGAGCAAUCCCGGAAAGUCCCGUCGUGGUUACACUGCUUUGCUGUUUCGUCACGCGAAGGCGUUCAAGAGGAAUAUGGGCCCCCUGGUGAAACUGUUUCUUCUAGCCGUUCUGGCGGUGGCGUACGCACAACAGCCGGACUACGACAACUCUCCGCCCGAGCCGUACGAGUUCAAGUACGACGUGCAGGACGAAGAAGGCAACACGCAGAUGCACCAGCAGUCCAGCGACGGCUCGGGAACCGUUCGCGGCUCGUAUGGCUACACGGACAAGGACGGGCUGUUCCGCAUCGUCGAGUACAUCGCCGACGCCAACGGGUUCCGAGCCAUGAUCAAGACCAACGAGCCCGGAACCAAGUCCGGAGGAUCGGCCGACGCGCCCGUGGAGUCGUCCGCGCCCCAGCAGUAACAAGCCGACGCGCUGACAAGGCGCCGUGGAGUAGAAUGAAGGCGUCGAGGGUAGAGGAGGAGAGUAUAGGGUAGGGUGUUAGGAAUUAGAAUCAAACAAGGGGGCGGUCCAUUUCGUCACUUCGCCUGCACACCGUGGCGUGACGCAGUCUGAGUUGCCUUCAAUCUGAAAAACCAGCGGAGCCCUCUUUGUCGCGGCCGCUGUAGGGAGCCUACAUGCAAGCGCUUGCAUGUACAGUCGACCAAAAAAGUUUGCGGACCAAGAGGAUCUGACGAAAAUUCGAAUAUCUCCGCAGCCUCAAAACGCAGCCUGGUAUUCCCAUUUACAGCCUUUACUGGUAUAUGUGAACAACAUUGUGAUGUAUGGUUUUACUGGCUGUUUUUAAAGACUGCUGGUAUAUUUCGCAUUUUCUGAGGUCCGUAAACAUUUUCGGUCGACUGUGCGCUCGCAUGUAUAGGCUCCCUACCGCCGCCGGCUUUUUCUGCGCUAACUGACGGGAAUGAAGCGUAGUUUACCGCUUUUUGGUUCGCCCAGGUAAACACACGGAGAGAUGUUCAAGUCUUGGGUGGGCGUGGGCUAAGCCUAAUGCACGACGUUCGGGGGACUGGUUGCGCUCGCGUGCGGUUCGCCGUGCAUCAAUCCGGACUGCGGGAACUCGUUCCGAUGCUUCGCCACCCAGCUGAGGUGGCGGGGUGCCCGGUGGUAUCCGGUCCGUGUCUGGGUAAUAAAUGCUUCAGAGUAUGCGUGUUGGGCACCGAAAUUGCCGAGCGAUACCCCGUGCCUGAUACGUUCGGAGCCUGCAGCAUUUAUCACCGACACACACACACUAAAAACUAGGUAGCAAAUUUGAGCGCUUUAGGGGCACUCACGUCUAUAGCGUUUAAGGGCUGGACUCGCUUCCCUGCGUUCAACCACAGUGCGUUGUGACGCGUCUGGCGUUUCGCUUCCAAACAUGAACGAUGCAUUUUUAUUUUACAGCCGGAGUUGCGUCGACUUGCGCAUAGGUUAAAAUUUUCGUAAAUGCAUGAAAGUGCGUUGGCUCUGUCUUUUUGCUCGUGUCGUGCUCCUUAACAGUGAGGCAGGUUUUGAAGCAGCCUGCUGCGAAGAGCUGGCGGAGGCAAUUGUAGUUCAGGGAUAAGGUCGGGCAGCGUCAGAAUACCUGUAUUCGAAACGCUUCUCUGAUCACGAAAUGCAAAUGCUUUUAGAUUUGGCAGGUUUCGUUUAACUGCUAGAGCGUUACAUUUGAAAAAAGAAACGGUUACUUGUUCAGCUUCCUGUCUCUGCUUGUAAAAUUUAAGCGCUGCUCCUAAACGGGUUUUAUUUCUCGUAUUUUUGUGCAACACGGCGCGCGCACAGGAACAGGAAUUGUUAUGUGAUACACGAAGUUUGCCGUUGCGUGUGAUCGCGACUGAUUUUUUCUUUUUGCUUCUGUUGCUUUUAUUUUCCUUUAACGGUCCGCGCGCAUUAACGCAUGUUUUCUACUGCCAAAUGCGACUAACCGGGACAAAGUGCAAGCUUUGUAGCUUUUCGUGCGCGUGAUGUUUGUCGCCCUGUCCGCAGUGUGGUUGUCGUCAAGAGAAAUUUAUUUAUUUAUUAGCGCUUCUGUGAUGUCAACGGGAGUAUACUAUGUCGCUUACAUAUCUGUGAUGUGCGUGCUUUUAACUAGGAAAAAAAAGCAGUUCCUGUAGUAAGGGUUUAUGUUGUUUGCCUACGUACUGGUUGUCGCUGUUGAGGUACGUGGUAAAGGGGUUCUUGUGGGCACGACGUUUUUCUUCUCCGGGAUUCAUGAGCGUUAUCUCACCUAACGCUUCUGUUUGCUACAACAGUUUGCUUGCUCAUUCAUUACGACCGGCACUGCUGCAACAUUCCAGCAGAUGCCUUCUAUGUAGUGAUUAACAUUGCUUUCGUUCUUUUUGUCGCGGUAGUUACUUUUCAGCUCACCUUUGGUGAAGCAGUGUUCUGUUCUUGGGCCUGUUAGUACGGUUAAUAAACUUCUAUUUUCGGAA